AUGAAUCGGACAUCACCAACAACAAUAGCUUCCAUCACAAUUUGUGUUUGCUUUCAGACUCCACCGUUACAACAUCGCACCACAACACCAGCCCUGAGCCACCACCACACUGCCUUCGCAACAGCCCAGAACCACCACUAUACCACCACUGUUGCCUAUUUCAUCUGCGUAGUAGGCCUAUUUCAAAGACUUGAGAACACCUUGAACUAUGGACUUGAAAGGGUUUGGGCUGUUGGAUACAUGAAAGGUUCACGUCGGUUUCGUUUGGGCUGUUGGAUACAUGAAGGGUUUGGGCUGUUGGAUCUGAUUUUUUUUUUACAAUUACAGGUUUCGUUUUUUAGUGAUGAUGAAGAGACUACCAGCACACCAAAAGCAGAUGCUCUUUUUAUUCCAAGGGAGAAUCCAAGAGCUCUGGUUAUUCACCCUCUUAAACAAUGGCCUGGCAAAUCAUCUGCUGAAAAAUUAAAAAACGCAUCUUCCCCAGCACAAACAAACGGUGAUUACACUGGGUUUGCUUCUUCCCCUCCUUUAAAUGGUCGCUCUACGGAAAACGGUAACAGAAACCAUUCUGAAAACGGAACCCUAAAGGAACAAACACCAAUCAAAACCCCCUAA